AUGGAGGCGAACAACAAACGAGUGCAGCAAUUCCGCAACAACUACGCUACCGUUUCUUGUCCUGUUCCCAUAUACCUAGGUUCCAUCUCAUACGCGUUCCUUGCGCCUGCACUGCAAGAAGCGCUAGUAGAGAUAGAUUCACCUUUUGCUACAUAUACCCAUACAGUACCGGGAGAAGCAGAUGACUGGUGCGCGUCGCACGCGAAAAAACAUUUACGAUCCAUCAUCUUUACGAGCGACACCGACCUCAUUCUAUACGACUAUUCGGUAUAUACGCUCGUCGUGUUUCUACACGAUGCAGACAUCUCUACUGGUAUCAAGGCGUACUUACCAGCAGAGAUCCGAAAGCAGUUACAAGUGAAGAGUCUGGUGACGUUUGCAUACACUCUUAUCGAGAAUCCACAAGAUAGUACAAAGCUGCUAGCUCACCAAGCUCAAGAUGUAUACCAGAAGUCUCGCCGGUACAUUGACUUCGCCAGCCGCUACAUCGUGAAGAGUCCAAUGCCUGUUUACCUCGAUGAACCAGACUUGGUACGUCCGCCCCAGAUCGACGUCCGGCUAUCUGAAUAUGUGCACCAAACCUUCACCAACGACGAAAACCCGCACGUGUACUUGCCUUUACUUAUUGAAGAGCCAUCCCAGGCAUCAGCAUGGAACAUAGGGUGCGAUAUCCGUAGACUGGUUUACAAGCUACGUGCGACAAUAGAGCAUACGGUAGUACAAGAGUACAGAAGAAAAGCGCAAGGAGUAUCAGUCCAGGAAGUUCCCAUAUACCCUCGGUGUUUUGACCAGAGCCCAGUGGAUGACCUGGAGUCGCAGAUGCGCAGCCUGAGAUCCUGGGGUGAGGAGAAGUCCGUCAGCUCACAGCUCCUAUGGUCGCUCUUUGGUCUCAGUCUAGUGCUUACCGAACUCAACACGCCGCCUCCCAUACCCUUGGUCCAGCGCGUACUGAAUUGCGAGUUCGAUAACAGCUGGGCUUUUGUGCACCUCACGGCUAGACUGCAUGCUGCUCUCUACUCUCUUCGCAUGUUACUCCAAAUGGUCAAAGUCGCGAGGGCAAUGAUGGAUCCUGACCCCAUAAUAAUCCCUGAGGACCCACAAGAAGCUGAAAACGCCAGGCUGCGCAGGGUAAUGUCCAAUAUCGCCGGUCACAUGUCCGACUUCCCCUCGAUACCGGACGUGAUGGGUGUACCGGGGCAGGCAAAGCGCAUCUUGGCCGAACACGACGUGCUGAAGGAAUUGAUCGAGGAGAUAUAUACCUCUGCUGGUGUGGGAAUACCAGAACAACAGCUGUCGAAUAAGCAGAGGAAGAAGCAAAUGAGAGAAGCAGAGAGAAAGAAGAAGAAGUUUGUCCAGAGAAUGCAGGCGAAGCCGCAGGAGGGGAAUGCGUACGCAUUGCUGGGUGAUGGUUGA